CACAGGAAUACAAUCAAGUUCCUAUUAAUUUCCACCAUGUCUACAUCAGUAUCAGUUGAUGAGCGUAUGUUAAGAGAAAUAAGAAAAAUAGUUCCAAAUUUAAAUAAUACUAAAUACAAAGGUCAAGAUGGUCGAAUUGGUAUAUUUGGUGGUAGUCUUGAAUAUACUGGUGCACCAUAUUACGCAGCUAUGAGUGCACUUCGCACUGGAUGUGAUUUAGUACACAUAUUCUGUGUAAAGGAUGCGAGCAUUCCUUUGAAAUCAAUGAGCCCAGAACCCAUUGUACAUCCAGUUUUAGAUCAGUAUGAUGCAAUUAAACAAAUAAGACCAUGGCUUGAUCGUUUGCAUAUAAUUAUCAUUGGACCAGGUCUUGGAAGAGAGGACAAAAUAUUUAAAACAAUUGUCGAAUUAAUUUCAAUUUGUCGGAAUAUGAAGAAGCCAUUAGUAAUCGAUGCAGAUGGGUUAUUCUUAGUAUGUCAAAAACCUGAUAUAAUAAAGGAAUAUCCAGGUGUUGUCUUAACUCCCAAUGCAAUGGAAUUUAGUCGUCUUGGGAUAGCUAUAUUUGAAAAAAAUAUUCAACCUACACCAAUGAUCAAAGCUGGUGAAGUUAAACAUUUAGCAGAGGCUUUGGGGAAAAAUGUAGUAAUUUUACAUAAAGGAGCAAGGGAUGUAAUUGGAGAUGGGUAUCAAGGUACUGAAACAGUGACGUGUGGAUUAGGAGGCUCUGGACGAAGAUGCGGAGGUCAGGGAGACUUACUGGCUGGAGCAUUGGCUGCAUUUUGGUGGUGGGCUAUCUGUUCUGAAAAUAAAGAAAGAGCUUUAUCGGCUCCAAUAGCAGCAUGUUAUGCUGCAUCUCGAUUAGUGAGAGAAUGCAAUUUAUCUGCUUAUAAAAUAAAGCAAAGAGGAAUGUUAACAACUGAUAUAUUGGAACAAAUACCACCUGUUUUUGCCAGAAUUUUUGAAACUCAUUGUAACAAAACAUCUUCAUUCAAUGGGAGAAGUCGAACACGAAGCACUGAUUCCUGA